AUGUCUUCCCCUGAAGAGCCCUCCAACCCUCCAGCAGCUGCCCCUGCCGAGGAUGACUAUGAUGCUGACUUCGAACAGGAGGAGGCAGUGGUAGAGGAGCCCGGUCCUCAAGAUGUACCCUCAGCUGUUGAAACAGAAGAUUCAAAACCUGCCCUGGACGCAACUGACGAAGUCGUAGAGGAGCCCUCUCAAAAGGGGGAGGAGGAGGCAGUUGUAGCCGAGCCCGAGAAGACCGCCGUGGCUGAGGAACCACAGGCGUGGGAACUACUACGAGAUGACAUUCUGAAGGGAGAGGAGCCUUUGGAGGGUCUCAUCACUAAGGCUUCCCUAGAGAACCUACAGCAUGUUUUGGCCUGGUCCGUCCAAGAGGGUCGUGUUGACGUAGUGCAAGCUGCCUUUAAAGAUGCUCGGAUGAGCCCGGACGCUAAUGAUCCCUCGGGAGAUCCGUGGCUCGUGAGUGCCUUACGGCAGAGGCCUUCGGAUCAGCCUUUGGUGGAGGCCUUGCUGGCUGCUGGAGCUCCCGCGGCAGUCGGGGCUGAGUUCGUCAAUUCCUUGGACCAUAUCCCAGCUCGCUCUCAUGCAGGUGUUGAGUCACAGUCGGGCACUUCUCCCCCGGAAGGGACCGCCACGGCUCCUGCGACUCCUAGGAGGGGCAGUGUCAUCGAGGAACCUACUGCGGACCGCGCCAUGACCACUCCGAACUCACCAGUAGCUACCCAAGUGUCCCCACGUAAUAGGAUGAUAAUGUCAACGGUCUCGGCUACCCGUACGAAGCGCUUCCAAGGGAACGGGGCGUACAUUGUGAGCCUUUCCAACUUUGGCACGGCGCCUAAGUGGACACUUGGUGGCCGCAACUUUUACUCUCGUUCUCACGACAACCCUGGUCCGGGCACAUACAGUCCGCGGGUGGUGAUAACCAAUCCUAAAAUGAAAGACGCUCCCAAGUACGGCUUUGGUAGUAGUAAGAGGUUUAAUCGCCGUACGAACGACAUGCCGGGCCCAGCUAAGUACUGUCCCAAUGAUCCGGUCCUGGCCCCUGGCUUCAGCUAUGGUUUUGGCACAAGCAAACGACCUUCGAUAGGAGCAUCUACCAAAGCGGCUCAGCAGCCUGGCCCCGGCGCCUAUAAGGCCCCUGCGGACCCGGGAAGCCGUGGGCCGCAGUACACGUUGAGGGCACGGACCGCGAAGGACACUAUUGGAGUGUCGAAAACCACCAUAAAGAACCCAGGACCAGGCGCUUACUCUCCAACCAGUGUCCUCAAGGAGCAUCAUGGGUAUUCGUUUGGUCACAGCUCUGGCUCUACCACGGGAAAGCGAGCGUUGAAAGUUCCUGGUCCGGGGGCAUACAGCGUGGAUGACCAUAGGCAGACUGGGUCGUCAUCGCCGGCAUUCAGCAUGUCGAGCCGUCCUGCGAGUGGUGGUUCGCACGCCUUCAUCGAUGAGCAGAUUGUACAUGAACGUCAUACGGGUAUAUCUCGGAUUCACGAGCAGAUGAGUAUAUCGCUGUCUAAGGUGCAGCAAGUGUCGGAUAUGUUCCGCGACUUGGCCGUUAUGGUAUCGGAUCAAGGCCAGCAAAUAUCAAGUGUUGAGAAUAGUGUUGAUACUACUGUUAGAGACAGCAAAGGUGCUUGUGGUGGCUACGGUGAUCCUUGUCACGAUAAUUGCGGCUCACAGACUGCAGGAUUACAUAAACACAGGUUUAGGCUCAUUGAGAUGAUGCGUACAAGUGGUAAUGAGUAUGAGUGGUAA